AUGGACGCUAUCCUGAAGAAGCUGUUUUCUUCUGAAGAUGAAGAGCUGUACAUUUUGGAUUGUCUAUCCUACUUAAUGAUGUUUAUGGCUUUCGUAACUUUCCUCGCUUUACUCUUUGUAAACGUGCCCUAUGGCAGAUAUGCAUCCAGCAGGUAUGGAUUUCCUGUACACGCCACGAUCGCCUGGUUCAUUCAGGAGCUGCCAGCUUUUCUGCUGCCUUUGGCUUUGAUUCUAAGCUCUUGUGCAAAAAUAACACACUUUCCCAACCAGCUUCUUCUGUUGAUGUACUUUUGCCAUUAUACUCAAAGGUCCCUCAUCUACCCAUUUUUAAUUCGAGGAGGAAAAUCAACACCUUUCAUCUCAUUUGCUCUAGCCUUUGUCUUCUGCAUCUAUAAUGGGUACCUGCAGACAAGAUACCUGAGUCACUAUGCAGAAUACCCACCAGAUUGGGUUACACGUCCCUAUUUCAUUACAGGGUCUUGUCUGUGGCUCACGGGAUGGAUCAUUAACAUUCACUCUGACCACAUCCUCAGGAACCUCCGUAAGCCUGGAGAGACGGGCUAUAAGAUACCUACAGGAGGCAUGUUUAAUUAUGUGUCGGGCGCAAACUUCUUGGGUGAGAUUGUAGAAUGGGCUGGAUUUGCUCUAGCUGCUCACUCGAUCCACAGCGCUGCUUUUGCCAUCUUCACUCUUGUUGUGCUGUCCAGCAGAGCUAUUGCUCACCACAAGUGGUAUCUUGCCAAAUUUGAGGACUAUCCAAAAUCAAGAAAAGCAUUAAUACCAUUCGUGUUCUGAUCUCGUGACAAGCUUCAUCAUUAUACUCAUUUGACCUUUUUACAGACUAUAUGAAUUUAAAAAGCAGCAUGGCAAUGAGAGAUCUAUGUAAUGUCUCAAUGGAAAGAUCACAUGAGAUACAAAAGGGACACAGGUGCAUCCAGAACUUCCAUAUUUAUCAAUCAAUUGCUCCUUCAUGAAUGAAACCUUGUGGUAUAGAAUAAUAAUAUGGACUCUGCUGCUGUCACAUUUAGUUACACUGCAUAUGAGGUUUAGGUUACUCUUCAGAAAAGACGAACAUGAUUCAUCUGUUGGAGAGCGAGAGCUCAUAAUCCAUCCAUGUUCUUCAGGUGUCUGACAGCACCAAAAGCAUUUUUCAGCUCAUACACACUCUGUUUUAAAAGCUCAUGCCAAGUUUGCAUUUCUAUGAGCUUUAGUUGGACAAAAAUGAUGUUUCUGGUCACUAAAAACAACGGAGUAAAGAUUUGAUAACAUGAUCUUAAAAGAGAAUUGAAAAUUGCAAUAAAAAGUUUACUGAGAACUUUCAGGCAGAUGGCUGAGAUGAUACGGGGUCAGUACGUGAAGCUGUCAAAAUGAAGUAUUAGAUCAAUAACCAAAAUAUCCCAAGAGGGAUGCUGCUGUCAAAGAAAACAAAACAUGUUUGAACAGCAUGCCAUGCCUUAAAAGGACGGCUACAUUUACUUACGUGUAAAAUGCCUUUGAGUUUAUGAGGCGAUGUCAGUAUUGUAUUCACAAAUCUGUAGGAUGUGUUAAGUUUGCCACUUCAACUUUAUUUGAAAUGUUUAAUGUUUUCGAGACAAAAUUAUUUUGUAAGUAAAAAAUGAAUGGAAACGAGAAUUACAUCAGAGUGAACCUCACUCACAAUUUCAUACAUCUGUUUUUGUGUAUAUAUUGUGUUAGUGACAUCAUCUGUUACCAUCGCUGACAUGUUUUGACUUGCUCCAGGUGGGUUCUCAUAUAUCUUCAAGGUGUUAUGCAUUAAACUUGACAAGAGUUAUGUGUGUGAACACUGUCAGCAAGACAAGUGGCAUUUAUCUCUGUAGUUUUUAAUAAUCUAGUUCUUAAACCAGUUUCUUUUUUUUAUCAUUCGAAAUAAAAAUAUUCCAUCAUUUUUCUUUAUAACAUAUGGAUCUUUCUAUCCGGCUCUGAUGUAAUUCCACAGACAUACUUCAGCAACUUUUAUCUAUCGACAUUUAAAUUCCCUAACCCAUGUGGUCUAGUUCAUUCCCCUCAGGCAUGCAUGGUCAAUCGGUCGGGCAGCGAGCAAUCUGACUGUUCUUCGUGGAAAUAGCCACAGGCAAUGCAAUGAUGAAAUGCCCUUGCAAACCACAUGGCACACUGAUCCAUGGGCUUUAGGCUUGGACUGAUAGGAGCAUACCAAAUACUAACAUUCAACACAACGUGUGUGGAUGAUGAAGCAUCUCUUCAUGCUAUACGCUGCAUGUACUGUGGCGGUGUGACAGCAAUGCAAAGCUGCAGUAAGCG